AUGGCUGUUACAUUAUCCGAAAUUGCAAAAUUGUUUGAGGGCUAUAAAAAAGAAUUUGAAUUAAUGUUAAUACAACAGGAAAAAGUUUUUGUCGAUAUUAUUAGAGGAAACUUAAAAUUAUUCAAUAGCAAAUUGGAAAAAGCCGAAAAAGACAUAGAAGGUCCCAUAGGUUUGUCUUUAAUGGUUGUUAUGGCGGAAGCGUUUCUACAGAAUAUAGAAAGAAAAGCUCUUAAUAUAGCUACUAUUUGUACAUGUGAACCAAAAGCUUUUGUGAGAUAUGUAGACGACUGUCACGCUCGCUUUAACUCAAUAAAACAACAACAAAUGUUUCUAAAUAUCCUAAGCGAACAAAACCCUGCCAUAAAAUACACUGUUGAACUCGAAAACCACCAAAAACAACUUAACUUUCUAGAUGUUAAUAUUACAAACACAAUGCAUGGAGCUUAUGAAUUUGAAAUACAUCGAAAAGAAGCAACAACUAAUAUUCAACUAAAACCUAACUCAAACAUCAAUCCUAAUAUUAUCACUGGCGUAUUCAAAGGCUUUUUAUGUCGUGCAAAGAGAUUAUGCUCUCAAAAAUAUCUCAAAAAAGAAAUUGAUUUUCUAAUAGAAAUGUUUGUUGAAAACGGGUACAACAAGAACAAUCUAAUUAAUAUCGCCAGAAACUUUCUAAAAAACGAAUUAAAAAAUAUCAAUUAUAAACCAACUGACAACCAACCAUUUAUAAAACUACCAUGGAUACCAAUCGUUGGUCUCAAACUUAGAAAGGAACUUAGAAAACAAAAUAUAAAAACAAAACUUCCUCCAAAUACAAACCCAGGCGUCUACCAACUAAAAUGUUCAUGCAAUUCUAUAUACAUUGGAGAAACUAAGAAGAAAGUUAUAUCGAGAUGUAUUGAAAACAAGAAAAAUAGUGUUAAAGGAAAAUGGGCCAGUUCAGGUGCUACCGAACAUUCCAAAUCAUGCCAGGGUACAAUUGAUUGGUUUCAUCCCAAAACUAUAUCAAUCGCUCCAGAGUAUCAUAUUCGGAAAAUUCGAGAGUCACUCGAAGUAAACAGAGCUAAAGUUCGACAAAAACUUGGAAGUGAUGAAAAAGUUUUAAAUAGGGAUGAUAAAGGUAAAGAAUCACAAAACUUUUUUAUGUACGAAAUGUCAAUUGCAUUCCAUGCAGAUGUGAUGGAUGAUUUCAAGUCAGCUAGUGAAUUAUAUUGUUUACCACCUUCAAACACUAUAUGUGACAGCCGACCCGAGCAUUCUCAAUAA